AUGGCGGAGCAGAUCGUCAUGCAGCGCAAGGUCGAGGGCGGCCCGCCGGCGCCCGCGAACCCGCUCAUGCCCGUGGCCGCGGGCCGCAUCACCGUGGGCAACCUCGAGCUGUCGACCAUCGCGGGCGCCGCGCCGCCGCCGGAGCGCGACGGCGUCGACACGUCCGGGUCCGCCGCGUGGACCGGCGGCUGCAAGUUCGCGGCCGCGCUCCUCGAGCACCUCGUCUUCCUGCCGCCGGACUGCCGCGUGCUCGAGGUCGGCUGCGGCUGCGGCGUCGCCGGCAUCGCGGUCGCGGAGCGCUACGGGGCCGCGACGGUGCUCCUGACCGACGGCCAGCCCCGGUGCCUCGACGCCGCGGCGGCGAACUUCGGCGACGCGCACCGGCCGCGCUGCUCGACGGCGCUCCUCGAGUGGGGCGACGAGGCCGCGGCGACGGCCGUCGCGACGGCGUUUAACCCGACGAUCGUCUUAGGAGCGGACGUCGGCUACGACCCCGGAUCGCACGCGAA